AUGGCACGCGAAGCAGGAUGCACGGACCCGUGCUGCGUCUAUACGAGCCCACGUGCGCCUGCUCCUACUUCAACAUCAAGAGAUGACCCCCAGGCCUCUACCCCUGCUGCGCAUCCGGAACUCCACCCCGAACCCUCGACGCCCAGUACGGCUGACCAGCCCUCUAACGAACACGUUGCACCUCCGUCAGCAGAUACUCCGUUGUCCCCACUCACUGGCACAUCGGCCUCUACUCCGCCUGAUGUUCCGGAUCCAUCUGACAGUGGGGCACCAGCUUCAGAACGACCCACACUCGACGCCAUCGACGACAGCCCGCCAGACAACACCCACCUGCUUCGGGACCACGUCACCUCCUUACGAGCCCUGGCCAGGGAGCUUCCUACCCCUGAGGGUUGGGAGAGGGCCUUGGAGAUAUGGGGGCAAAGCCCUGAGCGUCUUGACCACCGCGGUCAAGUUGCCUCCAACCUCCGGCGACCGUCGACCGCGUCCUAUCAAUCCUCAUAA